AUGACCUACUUAUACCAAUUCACGGUUCCACAACUUAUCUGUGAAAUGUACAAAAUUGAAGAAUUCUACGAUAUGAAACUUUGGAAAGUUAAUAUCGAUGGUGAUAUCGAAAAAAUUUCUACUGAUGAUUACAUUGUCAAACUUGGCGGAGAAGAAAUGAAACCUAAUGAACUGUUUGGAGUAUAUUUUCAAGAUGAACUUGGUCGUCGCGAUUUUAAGGCGAAUAAGAUCUACAUCGUCACCAUCGACUACACCAUCGCUCGCUAUCCAAACAAAAAGCUGAAGCUUGAAGAAGAUAAGAGAAUAUUGGUUCGUUAUGAUCAUUGUGAUACAGUCUUCUUUGAGCGAGAAGAAUUGGAAGAAAAUAAUAUCCAAAAGGAAACGAAAACCUUGGAACCCACUAUUUCUAUUGAUGAUCUAUAUAAUAUGGGUACAUUAGAGGUUAUUGUAGAGAAAGAAAAUGAUGACGAGAGCUCAUCAAGUGGAAAAGAUAGUAAUAAAGUUGAAAUAGCAUUCCAAACUAAAUACCAAGCACUGUUCUGGAAACCUUUUGCUCUCGGCUAA